AAGGCCGUAGAGCGUAAACCUAUCACAACAAAUCAAUCCCAGUGUGCCUUCGGAUACAAGAAAGCCGCGGUGCUGCUUUGUGCGGUCAACAAGAAAUAGCCCGUUGUAGGUUCGAUCAGCUCGCAUAGGCGCCGAGACUCAUGCCGUCCCUCGAAAAAAUGUUCACCGAAUAUGUAAAGAAGAGAGGACAUUGUCUCAAGCUGUCCGCGCACACCGCGUCCCUGGGAAGCGGUUUGUUGGUGGCCGUGCUCGGGUACUGCCUUCGAGAACGACUUCAAGGGCUUGGCAUCGUGGUAAGACAGGACUGGGAACUGGAAGGGCGACGCGAAUACCUGGUGGGACUGGCCGCCACAACCGUAGUGCUGGGUUUCAUGUGCACCUUGGCCGGCGUUCUUGGUAUCUUGAAUUUGCUGCUGGAUUUGAGUGCCCACAUAACGUUGGACAUCAUCUUCGCAGUCCUAACCCUGGCUGAAGUCGGAGUUGCUUUGGCAAGCUUCAUGCUCAAGACAUGGGUCCGCUCCGACAUUCCGCCCAAAAGAGCCGACUGCGAGGAAGACCUGAGGAACGCCGUCAUUGUGACCGGCAAACUGCUUCAAAUAAUAGGCUUCCUGUUCUUGGUGUCCGCAGUGGCCAAGAGCGUGUGCAUUGUAAUAAACCGGGUAGAGAGCUCAGGAGUCGAAAAUCAUGUCAAUCAUGAAGGAACCAGCAAUACCGAGAAGGAGGAAAUGAACACAGUGAACCAAAUUACCGGGGCCAUGAGCAAAAGUAAUUCCGGGAACAGCAACUUCAACUGCUCGAACUCGCUGUUUGGCCGGCCUCAGUCGCAAGGAAACGGGGAAUCCACCGUGUCGAGCACGACGCGAAUGGAGUCUCUGCCGGUCACGACUAAAGCAACGGUUCAGAUAGCCAGCACCGAAGUGCCCCGAGACGUGUUCAGCGAGGCUACCAUCACUGUGACCUUCCAGCAGAGAUCGUCUGGCGGAGAGCCGAGAUUGGAGCACGCCGAGUUUAGCGGAUACUACGACAACGAGGAAGAGUGUAGCCCGAGCGUCAUCGUUUUUCCAGCAUUGGCGACUGUUCCUAGCGCUCCGCCAGUGCUGUAAAUAUCAGUUAAGGCAAGAAAUAGGCUACCCUAGUAAGGUAAAGUGCCCCACAAGGAAUUGUGAAGCCUUGCUGCGUCCGUUAGAGCCUCCUUGCUCUUGGGCUAGUUUUGAUUGGCGUCUCGCCGAAAAAGAGAAAAAACUAGCCGAAGUUGCGAUGAAAAAUGCGCGUAACGCUGCUGGUACUCUUAGAACCAGAAGAGUCAGGAGACGUUGGGAGCCCGUAUCUUUGUUCCGAAUGCAUUGGCAUUAACUCUGCGAUGUGGAUGCCUAGAUUAUUACGUGUAUUAACCAAUGCUGUGGGAAGACAUUCUGGCUUAAUUGCUCUCGAUACCGGAGGUAUACGAGAGAAGAAGCGUUCACCUGUUGGUGUUUGAGGGAAAUGAUUAAGGCUUAACCAGCCUUGAUCGCCUCAUGUUGGUGUUUUCUAACUCAAAUGCCAGUAAGCGAUCCUUUACGCCAGAAGUAUUGCUCACGUGGCAUGCGUCUGUAAUGUAUAUGCACCUGCUAGGACAACGCAACAAAUCAGUGCCUCCGUUCGACUUUUGGUCUCCAUUCGGCACAGCAACUACUAAGCGACACGAAUGCUGGUGAAUACAGAUGCUUUCAGCAUCUGAAUUAGAACCUUAACACACAAAAUGCGCAUAUUUACUUACUUUCAACAGGUGAUAAAGUUACAUAGGGAAUGUUUCAUGUCUCUGCGUGCGUGCUGCCUGUUUUCAGUGGCACGGCUGGAGUAUUAAAUAAAGACGACAGAACUUUCA